GAUAUGAACAACACAAGCACUUCAUGGCCAUCGCUAUAUAACCCCGCUUUUGAGCUUCGGGAUCUCCUUCAUCGGCCCCCAGAGCUCCCUAACGGGCACUACCUCCACGAUCCCAACGAUGUCUUCCGAUUCACGCUAUACUGGUCAUUCGUUUUCUAUCUACCCCCUUUUAUCUUCUGCGGGCUAUACGCGGCGCUCAACCUCGCGUUCCCGCCUACGCGCCAGCUCCACCCCACGGCCCGCGUCCGCCAGCAGCCAACGGCCACCUCGCCCGAGGCACACUUGCUCUUAGUGCGACCACCGACAGGCGCAUCAGCCCGAACGUCGAGGUCACAAGGACAACGCCCCCGCGUGAACGAACGUCGAUCGCGAGCGACCUUCGCCCUGCUUGUAUUGGCGACAUACAUCGCGGCGGGGUUUGCGGGCGCGAUCAUCGCUUCGGUAGUGGGCGGGUUCAUCAUCGCAGGGCUGUACUCAGCGGGACACUACAACAUAUCCACGUGGGUACCGUGUAUAUGCGCCUUCAUCCAGUCUUUGGUAGGGACUCUAGGCAUCUGGCCAAAGUCCCUCAACAUCAUCUGACGCCAAUGUACAAUACCCUCGCAAUAUAUGCCGCUUGAUUGGUCCCAGAUAUCUGACAAUCAUCGCCUUGCUGCAAUAUGGGACGUUUGCAUGGACCGCCAAGGCCGAUCGGACGCUGACUGUCAGCGACACGAAUCAACAAUGCAAAGCAGGUGGUGGCUGUGCGGGCUACGUGCAAAAAAGCGUUCUGAAGCAACAAGGCGUCGACGACAACCUACGCGAUGGAUCGUAUUAUGAUUCGACCAGGAUUUGGCCCCUUAUUAUCCACGUAGGGGACAACAAGCGUUACGCUUAAAAGCUCGUUCAUCUAAACCUUGACUCAAAGCUCAACCCCC